GCGAAUGCCUUUGUCGCAGUAGGCUAUUUAGGCAGUUUUGACAUCAGUAAACACAUUCAUUUAUGUAACAAAAUGCAUUGAUCUCAAAGUGUAUCCACUUUAAAUUGUCGUUCUGUCAACUAUAGUCAUCCCUUUUGAAAGCAGCUGAAUAUCGUUUCCCUAUUUUCCGUACUAGGCUUAGGACCAAUCAGAGUGAAGGGGCUUGGACACAAAGAGAUUGCUGCCAAACUGGCAGCAAUUUUAUAUACAUUUGAUGUCGAAAUGUUUAUCCAAACAACCUCAAUCGUACUCCGUUGGAUUAUAAAGAGGACACCUGCAAGAUAUGAACUUUGCAGAGUGCCCGGUUCUUUCUCUGAUCGUGGAAAACUAAACACAUUCUAAUUUGCACACACAAACACAUAUUUCUGUCAUUAUUAGAGAGACGUUAUGACACAGUCAAAAACAUGUUGGCAUUGUGUUUCAACUGAAAACCUGUUCUUGUUCUUCACACUGAGUUUCUUUUCUGUCUGGGUACAUGAUAUAAAACAAGUAGACAAGGUUUCAGAAUUCCCAACAUUGCACCUGUGGUGUGCAUGUGUAUGAGUGUGUCCUUUUUAACAUAGAAACAGUCACAAGUAAAUACAAUGUAAAUAUUAAUAGAGGCUUUGAUGUGUAAAUCUAAAAGCACUUAGAGAAAAGGGUUUUAGCAGGGCUUUUUUCCUUUUCUUUUAGCUUUAUGAAGCACACACACACUCAACCUUUCAGGGCCAUAGCAAACAGGGGCUACCCUCAGGACACAGGCCAGCCAGUCAGCCUCCUCGCUCAGGCAGUAACAAGCCCUCCAGUAUGCUAAGGAGGAACAGCUGCUCUCCGUAGCCCACUGACAGGUGGCAGCUGUCUGUGGGCUCGCUUCUCUGUCCUCAUUAGGACACAAGUGCUCUUUUUUUUGGGUCGUUUGGGUCACAGCUGCUGAUAAUCUCACGUUGCCAUGUGCUUCUGCAUUCUAUCAUAUAAUGUGUCAUGACUCACAGUGAGUCACAGGGUACAGACAGUGAUCUCACUCCCUGUAGUGACUUUGCCAACGGCUUAUUAUUUAAAUGCAUUGGUGUAUUCAGCAUUAUGAAGGGAGGAGGUAUACUUUUGGGUGUAAUUCUCCCAUUGUGAUGAAAUGGACACCUAGUGUCCUAGGCUGUAGGUGUCCCGUGUGUCCUGCUGUAGGGGACGGUUUUGUACAUUUUGAAAAAGACAAAGCUGGCUUGAAAAUAAAUAUAAUGUGAGAUAAAUAUUUCCUCAGCUAAAAACUUUCAGUAAGUUCUCAUGUGUUGUAUAAAUGAGUGUUAAGCCCAUGUAUAAGUGUGUUUAAGAACUGACACAAAAGUGUAAACAUCUGUCCCAGUCCAGCAAGGAACCUCCUGUUGGAGUGGGGACAGAUGGAGAGUGUGUGGCUCACACAUUAGACAGUGCUGUCCGUUAUCUUCCGAAAAUAACGUUUAUUCUAUGGCCUUAUAUGUGCAGGGACUCCAGACUGCUUCUAGGGGAGGCAUCAUGUAUCACACAAUGCAGACUGCUGUCUCAUUGUUGCUGUGUCUCAGCAGGCUGGUUCACUGUCCUGGGGAGGAGGAGGGCUCUUUCACUCCAUCAGCUCACCAUGCACCUCAUUCAGAUUAACCAUGAGUGCCUACUCUACCUCUUCACCUUCUUGGACAAGGACAGUCGCAAGAGUGUAUCCCUCACAUGCCGCCGGCUCCGAGAGGUGUUCCUAGAUCCUCACCUGUGGUCGCUGCUCCACUUUAACUCCCCAUGCCAGCUUAAGAGGGACAACUUUGUGCUGGGGCCCUCGCUGCACUACCUGUCUGUGUGUUGGCACUCCAGCAGGGUCAAAGUGUGCAACAUUGAGGACUGGAUGAAGAGCACAUUUCAGAAGGACAUCUGUAGCAAACAUGAAAGUCUGGUUAGCGCAUUGUUGGAGCAAGUCUGCCUGACGUGUCCAAACCUUCUUUCCCUGACCUUGUCUGGCUGUGGACACAUCACAGACCAAGAUGUGGUGGCUUUGCUGCAUAGCUGCAGGAGGCUGAAAAGCCUCAAUCUGGAGAACUGUGUCCAGGUUACCGACUGUGUGCUGCAGGCUGUGGUAGCUCAUGGGGCCAGCCUGGUGGACGUGAGGGUGGACUUCUGUCGCAACGUGACUCAGACAGGCCUGCAGGUGAUCAGGGAGAGGAGGCCGUCCAUAAAACUCAGCGCAGAGAGGAGUGCAGGCAUGAUCCCGGACAGCAAGACCUGAUGAGCGGCUACAGCUCAGAAGGGCUCUGCAGAAAGUCUUGAAGUUCUCCUGAUAUGCCCUUUGAUGAUUUAAUUUGAUGGUGUUUUUAUAGAAAGUACUUGCAUUUGUUCUUAUUAUUUACAUUACAUUUUACAUUUACAUCAAAAUAUUUUUCAUGUAUUUAAAUUGUUUUAUACCGACUAUGUUUUCAAUGGCAAGCUAUAAUGAUAUAUUGUUCCCUUUGAAUCGUUCAGUGAAACCUUGUGUGUUAUAUAAUGACAAAGUAUGGAAUUCCAUUGUAGAGCAUUCUGUAGACUAUAGACUUCUAUUUCGUGGAAUAAAUGAUAAAGCAGAAUUGUAUUUAAAAAAAAAUCUAUAUAGUUUUGCUAUUGUUCUGAGAAAAGAUUCUAU